AUGGAGUCCGUGGACAAAACACUUUCAUCCACGCAGCACCUACUUGAAGCUAUAGAACAGGACGAUGCUUUACUCGAUGACGAAUACUUUAUGCGAAAAUUAGAAUAUUUGCGAAUGAAACACAAGGAGACCAGCGAUUUUCUUGCACGAAUACUGCAGCAGGAGGAAUGUUUGCCUCCAUCGACCUCAACGUGCACUUGCGGUGGAGGCCAUUUUGCCCUUCCAAGUGAAUGGUCAUUUUGUGGAAGUGUAUCGGCAAAAAUUGUUACGAAAAACGGCACAGAGCGUGCUCAUUCAACAAAAUCUUUAACGAGGAAAAAGCAGCAAGCAAUGGCAAGGGCUGCCUUGGAAGCGUACAGCUCCAUGGAAAAGAAAGUGGAAGAGAAAAGACUUAUUCUGGGACCGCACAAUCAAUUACGCUUGAAAGAACGAACUUGCAUUGUGACAAUUAACAUCACUUCGUGCACUCCUGAUUUUAUAUUAGCAAACUUGGAAUUCUCUUCAUACGAUCAUUGCGUUUGCCCCUAG